GCUCCAGGGGCCGCGCCUCGGAGCGCCGGCCCCCGCAGAGCCCGGCCUCCUCUCCCCCUUCCCGCGCCGUCCCUGUCCAGGAGUUUUGUGAUUUCCUGCUGACCCGGGCCUGGAUUGACCCGGCCCAGAAGAGCCCCGAGCCGCCAGGGCCGCAGCACAGCAGGGGCCGCCAGGGUGCACUCCGGGCCCCCGCCCCCUCCCCGAGCCUCCCCGGGGCGCCCCCGGGCCGCCCCAGGAGCCGGGGGCCCCCCAAACUGGGGUGGUGGCCACACCGUUGUGGUGAGGCGGGUGGGGACUCGGUGAAGCGAGCCUCCGCUCUGCUGCAAAAUGGGGGCCGGCGCCGGCCUGUGGCUGCUCUUCGCGGCCGUGCUGGGGAGCAGCCUGGUGUCGCUGGGCACCGUGUGCCAGUGGCUGGGCUCCCUGCACGCCUACGGCGCGCACACGCACGGGCAGGUCGCGCUGGCAGUCUCCCUGUGCUGCCUGUCCGCCCUGUGGCUGGCGGCGGAGCUAUGCGCCCUCGCCCGCCGGGUCUUCGGCGGCCGUGACUUGGCCUACCAGGGCGUGGAGUCGGGCGCGGGCGUGGAGCCGGUGCCGGAGGUCCUCGGGCGCGGGGGCGCGGAGGCACCGAGGGGCUCCCCGAAGGGCGCCGCCCCCGAGGGCGAGGAUGCCCCUGCGGCGCAGGGCGGGGGCGCGCCGCCGGCGAAGAAGGCCACCCGGGAGGGCCCGCUCAAGUCCCCGCUGGCGGGGCAGUUGGAGCCCCUGCGGGCGUGCGGGGAGCUGGCCAUGAUCCUGGCGGGCGUGUACCUGUGCGACCGCACCAACGUGCUGGGGAGGCGCCAGAAGGUGCAGAGCAGAGCGGCGUUCUGGGGCCUGUGGGCGCUCAUCAUGGUGGCGGCGCUCCUGUCGACGAGGAGGCUGGAGAAGGCGAAGCCGCUCCAGCGGGAGCAGACCGACGAGUGGAAGGGCUGGAUGCAGCUCAUGUUCGUGAUGUACCACUACUUCAAGGAGGAGGAUAUCUACAACGCGAUCCGCGUCUACAUCGCCUGCUACGUCUUCAUGACGGGGUACGGCAACCUGUUCCUGUAUCUGAAAGGCAAGAGUUUUACACUUAGGCGGAACUUGCAGAUGAUGUUUCGCCUGAAUUUCCUUGGCUUUGUUGUGUGUGUUACACUGAACAACGAGUAUAUUGAUUUGUCGGAUUACAUCUGUGCGAUGCACACUCUCUUCACUGUCUUCGUAAUACUGGCGCUCUACAUUCGGCACUCGUUGAACGGGUCCAGGGCGUGGGUGCACGCCAAGAUAGUUCUGACAUUCUUGGGGGUUGUCGUAAUCUACGACGGCCCCCCCUUCAUAUUCAAAGCAGUGUUUGGGACCUUGCCUGUCGUCCGCCCACUCUUCGCGUUCCACGAUCCUGUGCACCCAGAGUUCACAGACGAGAUGCACGAGUUUCAUUUUCGCUCUGGGCUGGACCGCUUCAUCUGGGUACUCGGUAUGCUUUACGCGUUGCAUUUUCCCGACUUCGAGGCUUACCUGGAGGCAUUGGAGCAGAAGAAACCGUUGCAUCGUGCGGCGUGGAACGCCGCGCUGUUGGCGGCAUGUUUCUUGGCCAUGGGUGCUUGGUUUUUGUUAGUGUUUUCCAAGGGGAAGUACGAGUACAACGCAAUACACCCGUACACAUCGUGGAUUCCAAUAACAGCGUACAUGUUGGUCCGCAAUAUCAGCGCACCAUUGCGCAGUCGGUACAUGCGGCUCUUCGCCUAUUUGGGCAAGUAUCCAGCAGCUUGCGACUUACAUACUGCAGUUCCACGUGUGGAUGAAGACCACCGGGAUCAACGGCUCGCCGAAGAGUCUGUUGGUCCUGAUCCCUGGCCACUACUGGCUCAACUUCAUCGUCUUGUCGGCGGGCUACCUCUUUGUAUCGGUGCGCCUCAGCAUAGUUACCACCAUCCUCCGCGACGCCGUGAUACCAGAGGGCAACGCUGAGAUCGGUAAGCGGUGGGCGUGCUUGUGCUUAUUCGCUGUGUUGUGUUGGGCAACCGCGUUGUCUAUUCCAGCAGCGUCGUGAUAUAACCGAUUGCGUUCUGCGGGCGCUGCCGUCUUGGGACGAUGCAGAACAUUCAUUCCCAUGUGUAUGAGCAUGUCAGUCUAAUUAGUGCUCAGUGUCGGUCAUCUGUUCCUGGAUUGCACCGCGCAGCGCGUUCAGAAACACCCUUCGCGAGCCACGCUGAUCAGCGUGGUGAUCUGUCUCUCCACUCCCUGCCUUCGUCUUUCUUCUCGUCCUCUCUUCUUCGCCUGUCCUCC